AUGGGUGUGCUAUCAAAAGAACCUGCAAAAAGACAGAAAAUGGACAGAGAGAAGUUAGACCAUGCCCUUGACUUCUUCUUUGAUCCAACUUUUCACCAGAUAACAGCCUUUGGAACAAAAGAAAUGAAGCUCAGCUCUGGAACACUGUUAACCAUACCAAAUGUAGUUAGGACUGCCUAUCAUUCAACACUGGUUGAAACAUACCUGUCUUAUUGUUCAGAAACAAGUUUUGAUCCACUUUGUAACUCGUCAUUAUUUAAAAUAUUGAGUGAAUGUCCAGCAUCAAGGCGAACAAAUCUUAAGGGUCUGGACAACAUAGCUGCUGAUGGUAAUUCUGCAUAUGAUACACUUAUGGAUGUAAUUGGUGUUUUAGAGAAUCAAAGUAUAGGAAGAAGUAAUGCCAUACUGAAGGAGUGCAAAGAAAAGCUACAAUCCAGUAAACUAUACAUAAAGACUGAAUACAAGCUGCAUCUAGAAAGAGAAAGUAGAUGUCCUGAUCAUUGCAUCAACUUUGGACUUAGUGACAUAACAAACAGAAAUUUGACAAACCAGUGCUGUAACCAUGACCAUGACAUGACCUGUGACAGAUGCAAUGAUUUUGAUGAAGCUAUUUCCAUGCUGAGAUCCUUUGUUUUGGGAAAUGAUGAUUUGUCUAUAGAAAAACAGCGAGAGUUAGAGCACGAUUUAAGCACUUCAGAAAGCGCAGUUUUUGAUUGGAAAUGCCACAUAGUGAGAUUGGUCGCCCAAGAUUCUUGCAGAAAAGAGAAACUUCUAAACCUUAAGAAUGGAGAAGUCAUGGUUGUUAUGGACUGGGCAAUGAAAUUCCUCCCUUUAUUGUUCAGAGAAAAACAAAGUGAUUGGUUUGGACAGAAGGGGCUGAAUUGGCAUGUAACUGUUUGUGUUUUUAAAGAUUAUGAAAAUCAGCUUAAGCAUCGUACAUAUGUUCAUGUUAUGGAUGGUGUUAAACAGGAUUGGUACAGUGUAGCAUGUAUGCUGCAACAUGUACUAUUAGCUCUGAAAAAGCAACAACCUACUGUGACAACAGCAUUUUUGAGAAGUGACAACGCAGGGUGUUACCACUGCAGUAAUUUAUGGCAUGCUGUUCCAGCAAUAUCAGAAGAAACAGGUGUAAAUAUACAAAGGUACGACUUUAGCGAAUCACAGGAUGGCAAGUCAUAUUGUGAUGCCAAAAUAGCACACAUGCGAGCAAAGCUGAGGAAAUAUGUAAGCAAUGGGGGCAACAUAUCAUGCUCUGCAGAUAUGAAGAAGGCUUUGGAUGACGGAGAGGGUGUUCCAGGAUGUCAAAUUGCCCAUGUUGACAUUCCUCUACCAGUAGAUCAAUUGACGCUCCAGCGUAAAAUAAAGGGAAUUACCAAGAUUUCAAACGUACAAUUUGAAAACUGGUGCCAAUUAAAAUAUUGGAAAAACUACAACAUUGGUGAAGGUCAAACUAUGUCAAUAACUCCAAUUAAUCUUGAGUCAACUUUAAAUGUUUUGUCAGACUUUAAAGUACCUUGUAAAGAUACUGGAAAUAUACUAGCUGCCCGAGAAAAACAACCCUCUGAGGAAAGUCAGUCUGAUGUUAAUCUGACUUGUCCGGAACACAACUGCAAUGCAGUAUUGCAUUCAUAUUCAGAGCUUAAUGACCACUGUUUUGUUGGUGACCAUCACUACAUGUCCACUUUUGAUGGAAUCAAAAUGAAAUGGCGUGACAUAUGUUUAGAUAUAGAUACAACUUCGUCAAAAACAAAACACAGUACCCUUUCAGUCGGCACGAGUGAAUUGUCCCUUGGAUGGGCAUUGAAAAAGGAUAGAAAAAAUCAUCGUUUUUCAGAGAAGGUAAAAGUUUACCUGAAAGGUGUAUUUGAUGAGGGUGAAAGUAGUGGCAACAAAGCCAACCCAGUUAAUGUUUCUCGGAACAUGAGAGUUUGCCAUGAUGGGGAUGGAAUGAAAAUGUUUACACCAAAAGAAUACUUACAACCUAGUCAAAUCACUUCCUAUUUUUCAAGACUAGUAGUGCUGUCCAGAGCUCCAGCAACAGAUGUAGUUGAAGACGAUAUUGACAGCACCAUAGCUAUAAUUAAUCAAGCUGAAGCAUUGGAAGAACUUGUUAAUAUUUUUGUUUGAGAGUGUCUUGCUGUAAAAUUUAUAAGUUAUUGCUUGCAUAUAUAAUUAUGAUUUCAUUUAAGGAGCAACUGUAAUAAUUUUUCUUUCCAUGGAGAAAUAGCAUAAAAAAGGUGGUGCACACUAGGCAGGUUAUUUAAAUUGUGUCUCAAAUAUUUUAUGUUAUUUCGAAUAGAAAGAAAAAAUAUUACAGUCAUUUCUUAUAAGUUUAGUCUAAACCCGAGUAAACCAUGCAAAAACCUUGAUGUUGUCACAAUGAAAUAACAAAACUUCACAAUAAUUACAUUUUUACAGUACAGCUGUCUGCUGGUCAAAUUUAAAAUAAUAAUAGAAUUAUAUUAAAAAGAUUUAUAAUUCACGAUUUCAAAAUUUAUUUUAUUGUCAGAUUGAAAGUAACAAGAAUUGUAUAUGGUUACUCUGAAAUAAAAGAACUUUGACAUCAAAACAAAAUAAAAUGAAGAAAUUGAGGUUGCAGCUUUUAAGAUAUAAGACAUUUGAAAAUGGUGAAAAAAUAGUUUUCUCUAGGUUUUACCUUAAGUCCUGUAUCAUUGGGAACAUUUUUGGCUUACACUUGGAAAUUGAAAUGAUCUAUUGAACAGACUUAUAAAUAGAAAAGUGAAGUUUUGUGUGAAAGAUAUUUUUACACUUUUUGUAUUUGGAGAUUUAAUGUUUUGAAUAAAGUAUU